AUCAGUGCUAUGGGAUUCCCAAACAACUGGAAUAACAACCAUUGCAAGAUCAGCGCCUCUUUGAGCAGCGUCCCAUCACAUUUUUCCCUGAAAAAGCACUCCAGCGACCAAUAAUUACUUCAUUUGAACCAAAGAGAAGAGGUUAUAUUGCUUUGUUUUUAUUAUACCUCUGUAUACAUACAUACAAUAUUAGUCAUUCAGGAUCCUUUUAAUGAACAAAAAGUAAGAAGACUUCUAUUUUUCUGUUAGGGGUUUUCACAUCUAUUUAAACUGUGAUUCCAAGACAAGGAUGGGAUCCACCUUUCCAUAAAAAUAAGUGGUAUAGAGGUAGCUUCCCCCUUGGCCAGCCCUCAGCUAACAUUAUUGAAGCCAUCUGUGCCCAUGGAGCUUAUCGUCGCGUCUUUCUUGCUGAUGGCCCAUAUGGGCGCAGGACUGCUGCUGUCAAUAAUGCAGAGUCCUGGUUUAGCAUUUGCUGUCGUCAAAACCAGAAGUUGCAGAAUGACACAGUGUUGUGCUGCACCACACAAGCAGUAAGAUUUUCACUACUCCACCUUUAUUUUUGGUGUCCUGCAUGACUCAGCUUCAUUUGGGAGUUUCGAAAUAGAGAAUUAGACAUACUGGCUUCAGCAUUUACGACAGCUAAUGCAAGAUUAGGGAUUAUUUGUAACUGUAGUGUAAAAAUCAAAAAUGUUGUCAAAGUAAUUAUUGGAUUAGGUGCCAGUUUUGGAGCUUCAUUUGCUUAAAUUGCUUUGCUGCAAUGUUGCUAAGGCAACCAUACUCUACUCUUUCUGUUCUUCAGUGGGAACUCUCAGUGAAGUUGUUCUGUGAGGAGGACGCGUCAGUCAAAGGUUUACUUUAUGAGUGUUGCAGGUUAAAAGGCAGCUUCAGACUAAAAUGUUUUAAUGCCGAUUCUCCGAACCCAAACUACGAACCAACACAAAAGCGGCCAGUGUUCUUCAACCUUCGUCUCAAAGCAGAGUUCAACUUUGAUCCCAGCACCUGCUAAAGGUUUGAUAAAUGGAUGAACAAUGCAACUUUCUAUGUCUUUUAUUUGUCUUGAAAAGAUAAACCAAGCUGAUUUGUAAUAAGAUGAAGAAUUGCUUUGUGGAAACAAGCAAAGUAAGAAAUUGUUGUUUUAUUUCUCGCCAUUUCUUUAUUCUUAUUGCUGUAGUUCCACUGUACAGACAAGUAACAUAACCAACAAAGCAUAUCUGACCGUAUUAAAAACCGCCUGAAAAUCAUGUUUGGUGUUUAUGGUGUUCUCAACAUGUUCUUGUGGCAUUUAUCUCAAAAUAGAUGAGAGAAAUGCCACAAGCUCCAUGCUACGCUCCAUUCGGAUCCAUCUGCUUGCGGACAAUUAGAUCCAUGUACAUCUUUGUUUUCCUUGUCAAAAUUUUACAGCUGAAUAGCUUCAAUAGUGCUCACAAUUUUGUUUUCACCAGUAAUUUAAGGUUGGGGGUAAGGGGCUUUAAGCUAGAAGGAGAGCUUGUUUUGUUAACAGUAAAUAGCUGGAUGACGAGAAAUGAGGGCAGGCUUACCACCAGUGGUCCUGUCCACAACUCAAAGGUGAACUUCUGAUAAACUCCUGCUGCUUUGCAGAAACAAUGUCCAAGAAAUAACAGUUUUCUGAUUUUGUAAAAGACGAAAGAUGACCAGGGUGGGACUUGAAUGACGUAGAAGUUUAUCUUUAUUAAUGAAACACAAAAAACAGGAUCUAAGGGUAUAACUAUAUGCACACUUCUGCAAAAAAAAUACAUUUGAAAGUGAGUGGUUUUAGAAGCCAAAUGUAAAUAUUUAAUUACGAUUUCCAUGUUUGCUUGACCCAAAAAUGUAUUCAUAAGGUUGUGCAGGACAGUAGAUAAAGCAUAAAUGAAAAAAAGUAAAUAAGCCUUAGGAUUUUGAUGUUCCAUCCUUACAUAAAAAGCAUGUCUACUGUAUCAAUAAUAAUGAUAGAUAAUGAAGCUAUAGGUUCUUCUUGUCAAAAUGACAAGAAGAACCUAUAGCUUCAUUAAUAAUGAUAGAUAAUGAAGAUAUAGGUUCUUCUUGUCAAAAUGACAUGUUAUUGUUUUCAUUCAUCAAAGAGUCUUCAAGAAUUUGCAUUUGUCUUAAACAUGACAGAAAAAACAAUAACACAUCGUUCACGUCCCAGAAGAUUGACAUGAACUUUCCUCUUGGACAACCCACGGCGGACAACAUUGAGUCGCUGUGUCGCAGGUGGAGGCAGCGGCCCUUCUAUUCCUCCAAGUGUUUGCAACGUUCAGGCCAUGAGUUUGCGGCUCGACAAGCUAAGAGCAUCAACAGUUUGGACAAGGAAUUCAGACAAUGCUGCACUACGAGCGAUCACAAGCUCAACUAUGCUUCUCAGAAGUGGCGUGAGGAGGUGGAGAAGUUCUGCUUGGUAGAGAAAAAGCAUACAAGCUUCGGGUGUUGCUCUGGUGAUGAUCCGUCUGUCUGGUCAGCAUGUUUCAAAUCGAUGUCUCCAGAUCCACACUAUAACAAUUCAGUCCAUGAAGCGCCGUCAUUCAGUGAACUAUGUGAAAACACCACUUCUCUAUUAAACAGCAUUCCGACUAAAUCUCGUCUAAGGACCUUUCUGAGGGAAUGCUGCACCGUACCUGUACCACUCAAGACCAUCUCCAUCACAAAGUUCAGUGAGAUGUCCCAGGACGCGUGUUUGAUAGGAGAACCUCCAUCUCCUGAUGUCAAACUUUGCUGCAGUCUCAUGCACGAGGUCGCUGAAGAAACUAACGUCAGGCAGAAGAGGAAAAUCUGCCCAGUCCCCUCAAAGCCUCCCAUGUCGCUGGCAUUCGUCUAAUGAGGAAAAUUCCAUUUAGUCUUGAAUAAUGAUGCUUUGGAACCACUAGAUUGGGAUUUCUCAUUGUAAGGAAAUGAACUGUUCUUUUUGCAAAUCUUAUUUUUGGCUAAACUCCCAUAAAUAUCACUUUAAGACUGUUCAUUGUAUUUGCUGCCUCUAACAAUUCAAGCUUCACAAUAUUUUGUGUUAAAUGCAAAUGUCAGAUACAGGUAAAACAUCUGCUAUAACCAGUGUUUGCUCAGCUACAUACCAGUGAGUUUAAAGUUACAGUACAGACGUGAUGUGUGCCAGUUCUGUGUUACUCUUUAACAUUUUUAUGAUUUUAAUUUCAAGUAAAUAAACUGAUGCUGUUACAUCAAA